UUCAGUUAAGUGAUCUUACAUCCGAAAAUCCAUCAGUCAAAAUAUGUCGGCGUCGAACGAUUUGCUAGCACUUCUACAGCGGCCAUUGGAGCCAACAUUCCUGCCGAAAAACGACGGUAAAACCGUGAUCGAUCUUCCGGAUGAUUACCUUACCGAUCGCUACCGACCGAUCGGGGCCGAACUGCAGUCACGCUUCACGAGCGAUGCCGAGCAAAGGAUUCCAAUCCGGGGCAUGGCGCCUCCGGAUCUUGCUUUUGCCAACGGAAUCGAUCGGCGUGGGGCUUUCUCGCUGUUUGUUCCGAAGCACCGCGAUGCAGCCGCUGCUUUAAUUAACCUGUUCAUUUCUCAACCUGACGUAGCUUCGUUGAUGAGCGUAGCCACGUACUGCCGGGAUCGCUUGAACCCAGUCUUGUUUCAGUAUGGUCUUGCGGUGGCGAUACAGCACCGACCGGAUACGAAGGACGUCAACAUUCCGUCGAUAGUGUCGCUGUUCCCCGAUCAGUUCGUAGAUCCAGCCGUUUUUCCGAAACUUCGCGAAGAAGGAUCUGUUGUGCAGCAGGCGAAUCGAAUGGUGAUCGAUGUUCCGCCGAAUUACACCGCCUCCGAUCGGGAGGAUGAACAACGGCUUGCGUAUUUCCGCGAAGAUAUCGGUGUCAACAUGCAUCACUGGCAUUGGCAUCUGGUUUACCCGGGUGACGGCCCCGAUGCAGUGGUUCGGAAAGAUCGUCGUGGUGAACUGUUCUUCUACAUGCACAGCCAGCUGAUUGCUCGUUUCAAUAUUGAACGUUUCUGCAAUCGACUGGCCAGCGUGAAGCAUUUGACGAAUUUUCGUGAAACCAUUCCACAGGCGUACUUUCCCAAAAUGAUUCGCAGUUCGAACAACCGUUCGUAUCCUGGAAGACAUGCUAACAUCACCUUGCAGGAUGUGAACCGUAUCGAUAAUGGAACUAUCGUUCAGGUUCAAGAUUUGGAGCGAUGGCGGGAUCGUAUUCUUGAAGCCAUUGAUCAAGGAUUCGUUUUGGAUUCCAAGGGAAACAGAAUUGCUCUUGAUGAGGUUAGAGGAAUUGAUGUUUUGGGAGAUAUUGUGGAAGCAUCAAGCCUUACCCCGAAUAGACAGUUAUACGGAAGCUUGCAUAAUAUGGGACACAAUGUAAUCGCAUAUGUUCACGAUCCAGACUACCGUUACCUGGAGGAUUACGGAGUUAUGGGAGACGUCACGACAGCUAUGCGUGAUCCAAUAUUUUAUCGCUGGCACGGCAUGAUCGACGAGGUCUUCCGUCGUCACAAAGAUCGUUUGGAUCCGUACAAUUCUGCACAGCUGUCGUUUCCGGGUGUUACGGUUAACUCUGUAGGAGUUCAGUUGAAUCGUGCCAACACACCUCCCAACGUUCUGUUGACUUACUGGCAAAGGUCUCAAGUUGAUCUUGCGUCUGGGUUAGAUUUCGGUCCCGCGGGCAAUGUGUUCGCUUCUUUUACCCAUUUGCAACAUGCUCCCUUUUCUUUCCGGGUCGAAGUUAACAAUGAUACAGGAGCCGUUCGCCAAGGUACUUUGAGAAUUUGGAUAGCUCCAAAGGUGGAUGAGCGAAACACACCGCUAACGUUUCGCGAGCAACGACUGUAUUUUGUUGAGAUGGAUACUUCCACUGUGACCUUAAACCCCGGUGUAAACACGAUCGUUCGUCGAUCGGACCAGUCUAGUGUAACAAUACCGUAUGAGCGCACUUUCCGCGCGGUUGGAAAAGGAUCUACUCCGACGGAUGCGAAUGCUUUGGCACAGUUCCGUUUCUGUGGAUGUGGAUGGCCUCAGCAUAUGCUGGUUCCGAAAGGAGCCGCCGGUGAAGGCGUUCAGUUCGAUCUCUUCGCCAUGGUGACCAACUACUCGGAUGAUGCUGUCAGUCAACCUAGCGAACAACUUGGACCGUGUGACGACGCUCAUUCAUUCUGCGGUCUACGAGACAAGCUAUAUCCGGAUAAACGCGCAAUGGGCUUCCCGUUCGAUCGUUCGACUGCAGCCUCGAUUGUGAUGCUACAGGAUUUCGUUACUCCUAACACAAACAUGCGAACCAGCACCAUUCAGGUGAAGUUCAGCAACACCACCAUCGCACGGACUUGAAUCUAAGCUUAAUCUAAUAAAAUAAUAAACUAACGAACUACACACA